AUGGUCAAACCUCUCUCCUUCAAAGGCGACAAAAAGCCCAGGAAGCGCAAGCGCCCGGCCGCCGACGGCAACGAAGAUGGCGCCCCUGCAGCCAAGGAGCUCGCCACCGCUGGCGGCUCUGCCGCUCAAGCCGCCGAAGACGACGAUUCCUGGGUGACGGCCGAGGCCGCCUCCGACAUCUCUGGGCCCGUUACCUUUGUGCUGCCCACCGACCCGCCGGCAUUCCUGGGAUGCGACGCCAAUGGCACCGUCUUCACGAGCAAAGUCGAGAACAUGGUCGAGGACGAUCCGUCGACGGCGGAACCGCACGACGUGCGCCAGGUGUGGAUUGCCCACCGCGUCGCCGGCAACGAGAACUUCAGCUUCAAGGGGCACCAUGGGAAGUAUCUCGCAUGCGACAAAUUCGGCGUCCUGUCGGCCCAGCGUGAGGCGGUUUCUCAGGACGAAUCGUUUCUCUGCAUCCCCGUUGCCAACAACCCUGGCACCUUCGCCGUACAGAACCUACGUGAGAAGUUCAUCGCCGUCGACGAGGGCAAGAACGAGGUCCGCGGCGAUUCCGAAAACAUCGACUUCAACUCGACCUUCCGCAUCCGCAUGCAAGCCCGCUUCAAGCCGAGACCGAAGACCAACAAGGAGCAGAGGGCUGCCGAGAAGAUCUCGAGAAAGGAGCUCGAAGAGAUGGUGGGAAGGCCAUUAGAGGACGACGAGGUGAAGAAGCUGAAGAGAUCACGAAGGGCCGGAAACUUCCACGAGACGCUGCUCGACGUGAAGGUAAAGGGGAAGCACGACAAGUUUGCGUAA